AGCGAGCUCAGAAAGCCAGCGAGCGAGAGGCCUCGCGAAAGCCCGAGAAAGCAACAGCGAGGGCACCGGCACCGGCACCGGCCUCGGCCCCGCCUCGCCCGCCGGAGAGAUGGCGCGGAGGAGGGCCAGCGCCGCGGUGGCUGCGACGGCUGUAGCCUCGCCGGCCGUCGUCACGGCGGUGGCCGUGAUGGCGCUCGUGUACUACUCCACGCUGUUCGUCUUCCUGGACCACUGGCUCGGCCUCGGCACGGCGGCGGGCGCCGCGCACGCGGCCGCCGUCUCGCUCGCCGUCGUUGCGUGCUUCUUCGCCUUCGUCUGCGCCGCGGCCGCUGACCCGGGCGCCGUUCCCUCCGGCUUCGCCCCCGACGCCGAGGACGCGCAGGGACAGGGGUUGAAAUCAAGGUAUUGUGAUAAGUGUUGCAUGUUCAAGCCUCCUCGAUCACACCAUUGCAAGGUCUGCAAAAGGUGUGUUCUGAAAAUGGAUCAUCACUGUGUCUGGAUCAACAACUGUGUGGGAUAUUCAAACUACAAACCUUUCAUCAUCUGUGUACUAAAUGCAACUAUCGGCUCUCUUUAUUCAUUCGUGAUAUUUCUAUGCGAUCUCUUUCAGACGGAGCAUGAUUUUGGUGUUCUUUAUGUGAAGAUUGUCUAUAUCUUGGCUGGUGUCCUGUUAUUCUUCUUAAGCUUGACAAUAGGAUCUCUAUGUUGCUGGCACAUCUACCUCUUAUGUCAUAACAUGACAACCAUAGAGUACCGAGAGGCAGUAAGAGCGAAGUGGCUUGCUAAGAAGAGUGGGCAGAAGUAUCGACACCGGUUUGAUCUUGGCACGCGGAAGAACAUUCAAAUGAUCAUGGGUCCAAACAUUCUUUGCUGGCUUUGCCCUACUGCGACGGGACAUCUGAAGGACGGCACCGAGUUCCAAAUCACAAACAACUGAUGGGAUCGACAUUGGCAGUUCGUACAUACAAUGUAGACUGUGUAUUUUGUUCAGACAGUUUAUGUGUAUGCGUAGAGUUAUUUGAGUUUGGGCACUGUGUACUGAAAGAUUGAAUCGAGAAAUUAAUCACAACAUGUGUUGCAAUUC